AUGAAAUUUAUUUCAGACUACCUCACUUUGCUUCAAAGGAGUUCAAACGUCAAGACGCGACACCCUGGAAAAUCUCAUAUCAGAAUGGUUUCCAAGAAGCAGACGAGGCUAAAGAGCCUUUCAAGUGGUCGUCCACCAACAGUGAAAUCAUCAAGGUCUAUGUCCCGAAAAGCCAGCAGAAGUCUCAUCAACACGCAUCACCAGCUGGAGAAACAACGACGACAAGCCGCGACCAAGGGCGACAAGGCUACGGAGACUCGCCUUGCCACAGAAAUUGAGAAGCUAGGUGGGCUUGAUCACUAUCAGAAGGCUAGUCUACAAGGACAAAGCAUCGACAGGGGCGGCGACACGUCAAGGGUACUCUUGGAAUGGCUUCCGAUGGCAGAUCUCAAGAAACGCGCGCAGCCGUUGCACAUGCUGGAGGUUGGCGCAUUGAGUACACGGAAUGCAUGCUCUACAAGUGGUGCUUUUUCCAUGAAACAUAUCGACCUCAACAGCCAGGAACCAGGAAUCACCAAGCAGGAUUUUAUGGAGCGACCCUUACCCAAGGACGAUUCUGAGGUCUUCGACAUUAUCUCACUGAGUCUGGUGCUCAAUUUCGUCCCCGAGGCCGAGGGCCGUGGUCAGAUGCUUCUCAGAACGCUGUCGUUUCUUCGGCCUGCAUCUGAACCUCCAACCGGCUCUGAUGAGCUGUUCCCCUGCCUCUUUGUGGUUCUGCCUCGCAGCUGUGUUGACAACUCACGAUAUUUCACAGACACCCGACUCGACGAACUGAUGACCAUGCUUGGUUAUGUAUGCACCAGAACUAAGAUGACCCAGAAACUGGCGUAUUCUCUAUGGAAGAGAAUCGGGACUGUCGCCAAUAAGCGAUCAGACUUCACCAAGAAGGAAGUCAAUCCAGGACGGACACGGAACAACUUUGUCAUGACGCUCAAGGCAUCGACGAGUCAUUCGACAUGA